UAGGCAAGUUGACCUGACUGUCGUGAACUAGUGUUUGAAGUUAGUACUGCUGCUCUUCCAGCGCUGAAGGCUGUUUUGGAAAGGCGACAGCGCCCCGGGUUUUGCCGGUGACUGGCUUUUUUGUAAACCAGUCGGUCGAGUUUCUGGUCGUUCCCCCCGCCCUCACCGUGCGCGGGUACGGUGGCCGAGGAGGCUCGUGUACGGCGGAAGUACCGGGAGAGUGGGUGUGCGCAGCCGCGCCGGACGUGCACGUGGCGCCGGUGAGUUGCGGUAGGGAGCAGAAGGAUACGAGAAUGGCUGGACCCGAAACCCAGCUGCGGGAGGGAGGGAGGAAAGAAGGGAAUGCGGCGUGAAGACCUUGCUGCCUGCUGGGGGAGGAGGUAGAGUUGAGCAUGUCUUUUCGAGGCGGAGGUCGGGGGGGCUUUAAUCGAGGUGGCGGCUUCAGUCGCGGCGGCAGCAACAACCACUUCCGAGGUGGAGGCGGUAAUUUCAGAGGCGGCGGUGGCGGCAGAGGAGGAUUUGGACGAGGAGGUGGCCGCGGAGGCUUUAACAAAGGCCAGGACCAAGGACCCCCGGAUCAUGUAGUUUUAUUGGGAGAGUUCCUGCAUCCCUGUGAAGAUGACAUAGUUUGCAAAUGUACUACAGAUGAAAAUAAGGUGCCUUAUUUCAAUGCUCCAGUUUAUUUAGAGAACAAAGAACAAAUUGGUAAAGUGGAUGAAAUAUUUGGACAACUUAGAGAUUUUUAUUUUUCUGUUAAAUUGUCUGAAAAUAUGAAGGCAUCUUCCUUUAAAAAACUGCAGAAGUUUUAUAUAGACCCAUAUAAACUGUUACCACUGCAGAGGUUUUUACCUCGACCUCCAGGUGAGAAGGGACCUCCAAGAGGUGGUGGCAGGGGAGGUCGAGGAGGAGGAAGAGGAGGUGGAGGUGGCCGAGGUGGUAGAGGUGGUGGUUUUAGAGGUGGAAGAGGAGGUGGAGGUGGAGGCUUCAGAGGAGGAAGGGGUGGUGGUGGUUUCAGAGGGAGAGGACAUUAAGUGUAACAGUUGACAAACUUCCUGCAUGAUCUACUUCUAUGGAUAAGAAACUUGUUUCUUGAGCAAGUCUUGAAGAACUGGUCAUUUUCUGGCAGUGGGACUAAAAUGUCAACGCCAUGCAAAAAUGAGUGCAACAGAAUAUGCAGUUUUGCUCUAAAAGAGUAUGAACAAAUGUUUUAAUGUUUUGUACAAUGCUUGGAACUUUGUGGGUGCUUAAUAAAUGGGCAGUUUUCAUUUGAAGCAUACUUGGAAUUUUUAAAAUAAAAUGUUUUAUUUCUUUAAGUUAGAGCAGCUGUGUUUAUUAAAACAGAGCUAUUUUUGAAGUUAAAAGGAAUAACUAAACUUAAACUCAGUGGAUUUCAGAUAGGAAAAAUGAUUUGUUAACAUAUAUAACUGAUCUUUAAAAAAGUAGGUUAGGGGAACAGUAAUGUUAUUUAUAAAUUAACACCCCCUUUCAAAAUCUUUGCCUUUUGUAUAUGAAAACAUCAGCACCUUUUAUUUCAUUUCACUUGUGUACGUUAAGAGUAACUAAAGCAGUUUCUUUAAUUUCAAUUAAUAAUUGAUUAGCAAAUUAUAGUGUUGAUUAUGAAUGUAUUAAAGUUGGAACAGCUCUGUUCACGUGAGAACUGAAGUUCAAGUAAUUUCUGGAGAAAUGUUCAAUUCUCAUUCAACAAUCUUAGAUGGGAUCUUGAAAGUUUGACUGAAUGUUUUUAUUUUAUUUUUUUUUUAAAAAAAUCUUAAAAGAUGUUAUUUAUCAUAAGAAAAGAAGAGAUGUUAUUCAUUAGAAAUAAAUACAUGUUCAGAGUCCUGGGUAGGGACAUUGCAAAUGAAAUUGAUUUUUGAUCCCUACUGCUAGUGUAGUAUCAAGAAGUAACUAUGAUAGCAAGUUAGAAUGCUGUGAUAAUGGAACCAUUUCCCUGCCAUUGAUUUCCCCCCCAAACACACAUAUUUGUUCUCAGAAAGAAUGAUGUUUCCAUCUUUCCUUAAAUUUUCUAGGAUGCUGUACCUAAUAUUAAUACUUGGUUAACUCUGGAAUGCUUGUUUGAGUAGCAUAUAGUAUUGUCUCUGUCAGUAAUUUGGGUUUUACUUAUCUUUUUUGAUUAAUGGAAUUGCAGCAGAAUUAAUAAAUAUAUAUGAU